GAGCACUGUGAGGAGAGGAGGCGCGCUCCCGCCUCGGCCUUCCAGUCAAGCGCUGUCCCGCCCCUGCCUCGGCUUCCCACCAGUGUUUCCUCCGACCUAGACAUCCCCCCGUCAGCUACACUGCCUCAGCAUCCUCUCCAGUGCCUGCCCCACCACUCCCCCCCCCCAGCAUUGACACAGCUCCCCUUCCUCCCCCCUGGGUGCUGUCCCCCGCCCUAGCACCCAGCCUCCCCCCACACACUCCUGCCCCACCACUACCCCCUCACUGCCCCAUCCGGCAUUGCUACAUCCCCUUUCCCUGGUGCUUCCCGCCCCGCUGACCCGCUAUCCCCCCGUGAUCCUGCCCUGCACCACUGGCACCCACCCUCACCCCCAUGUCACUCUACAUUCCCCCCAUACUUGCCAGCAUGGGUCCUGAAAUGCACGUGUGACCGGAGCUUUGGGGUCUGUGUGGGCCGAAGGGCAGGGGUUUCUUCCCACACGUUACCAAUGUGGUCUCUCAGCCUUAACGCCUGCUAACUGGUUUUCUGGGAUUACAAAUGGGUGAGAGGAUGAUGGUGUGUUAUGUCCUCCAUGCACAGACUGCUCUCCAGAUACCAGCCACUCACUCUUUCCUUGAACCUUUGAUUAGAAACCUAGCCAAGCAUCCAAGGCUGUUUUCGGCAGCGCUGGAUAACCACGAGCAGGGACCCCCACUCUGCGGGGAGUGGGAGCAAAGCCCAGGGCUGCGAGGGAGGAGCGGGCCGUCACCUAGGCCUGUCCUGAGGAGGACACCAACUGGAAUCCUGAGAAAUUGCAAUGCAGGUUUCAAAUCUCCAAUCCAGUCUCCAAGGUCCUGUCAAUCAGAUGGAGUCAAUAAAGAAACCCUACAGCAUGAAGUUGAAGAACUGACACAGAAGGAUCUUACCCUGGAUCAGGAAAUUGCACAGUUGUUGGCUGAAGGUUACAGCCUGGAGGAAUUGGAGAAACACAUCUCUCUGCUCCAUGAGUACAAUGAUAUUAAAGACACUGGACAGAUGCUGCUGGGCAAGCUGGCCACGAUUAGAGGGGUCACCACAAAGGAGCUGUACCCCAAAUUUGAUCUGGAACUUACUGACUAGCAUUGAAACUGAAGACUACAAUCUCCUGCAGAGAUCACCAUUACUGGGGUACUGCAUGUUGGUACCGUACACCUUGAGAACUUACAAGGACAGUAAAAAUGCAGAGACUUUCCAGGAAGUGUUACUUGACCGCUUCAUUUCUAAGAAUAUCUAACUUCCAGAAUGGAAAAGCUAUUGAAUCCAUCACAUGUUCCCUGUUUCAGGAAAAGUAGCAUUCUUUUCUUUGGCAAUGAGAAGAGACUCAAUUGAAGUGUUAGGAGCGUCAGGCUCCUCUUACUGUUCAUUAUUUAAAAAAAAUUAUAAUUCAGAAUUAAUAGUUAACCCCUUCACUGUUGCACAUGUGACUGGGGUUCUUCGACAUCUUGAUGGUCUAAGGGCUUCUUUAAGGAAGUCUCACAUGGGGAAGCAAUUGUUAGGGAUCAGUAAAUGGAUGGAGGAGGCAGCACUGGAGAUGGGAGAAUAUGCAGAGCUGUGUUUGUUUGUUAAAAACCUCAGAAGUGGGAAAGGAAACCUGCUAAGAGCAAGGUGUUUGUAUGCCUCGUGUGGAAAACGCUGUGGGUGCUCAAUAUCUUACUGUCCCCCUGAAUUGAGUUCUGGAAGCUGGUUGUGGCAUAUGUAUAGUAGUAAAUAAAUGGAAAAGCAUUAACUUGUGCUGCUGAAUUGUCCAUUUUGAAUAAAUGAUUAACUCUUA